GGGUCCGGAGGCGGAAGGUCCGGCUGGGGAGGAGCCGCCUUUCCCCCUCCCCAAAUCCCCCCAGGCCUGGCUAGGAUCAGGAGGAAGAGGAGACCCCCCCUCCCAUCAGCAGGUCCCCCCCUCUGAAAAGUGGCUUCUCCUUUUCCCCCUCCCCAAAUUCUCCCCAGUCUGGUUAGGAAGAGUAGCCCACCCCACUCGGCAGCCCCCCCCCGGGGGGAGAAGGGGCUUCUCUUGGCGGAGGGAAGGAAAGCGAGGAGGGGUCUCCAGGGACGCUGCCUCAUUUCUGAGCUUGCCUGUCUGUGUGUCGGAGCGAAGCAACGCCGCUGUCGCAGGGCUGGAGCUGCUUCCGUAGGUUCCAUGGUGUGUCUGCAAAAGGAUCACAAUCCUGUCAGUGUCCCUGGGGGGCUCUGGGGGUCCUCAGAAGAACUCUCCUCCCUCUUCUUUUCCCAGGAUGUUGAGCAGCAGGAUCCCCGCGGGCGAAGCCUGUUGCACCUGGCCGUCUCCUUGGGCUACGUGGAAUCUGUCCGCGUCCUGUUGCGGCACAAGGCGGAUGUCACGAAGGAGAACGCCCAGGGAUGGACAGUCUUGCACGAGGCCAUCAGCACCGGCGAUCCGGAAAUAGUCCACAUGGUCCUUCAACACCGUGACUACCAGCAGACGUCCACAACCCUUGGGGGUGUCCCUGAAUUGCUUCAGAAGAUCAGUGAGACUCCCGAUUUUUAUGUGGAAAUGAAGUGGGAAUUCACCAGCUGGGUCCCGCUGGUGUCCCGAGUGUGCCCCAGUGACGUCUGCCGCAUCUGGAAGAGUGGCGCAAAGCUGCGCGUGGAUAUCACCUUGCUGGGCUUUGAAAACAUGAGCUGGGAGCGAGGGAGGCGCAGCCUGAUUUUCAGAGGGGAAGAUACCGGGCACUGGGCUGAGCUGAUUGAGGUUAACCACGAUGACAAAGUGGUGGCGGCCGAACGCUUUGAGAUCACGCAGCAGAUCAAGCGGCUGACCCUGGACUCCAUGGUCCCAAAGAACAAGGAGGUGGAGCGACGGCUGACCUCUCCCAUCCUCAGCACCUCCCUGGACACCAGGAACAUCGCCUUUGAAAGAGAUACCUCUGGCUUCUGGGUCUGGAAAACAGAGAGGAGCGAAGUGGUGAAUGACUAUGAAGCCAAGGUCUUCACGGCCAACAACGUGAACGUGGUGACCAGAAUCCGGACGGAGCACUUGACUGAGGAGGAGAAGAGAAGAUACAAAGCUGACCGAAACCCCCUGGAGUCCUUCUUGGGCACCAUUGAGCACGAAUACGGAGCCCAGCAGGACCUGACGACAGAAUUUGCCUCGACCAACAACCCAACAGCUCUCAUGCCGGAGGAAUACUUCGAACCCCAGUUUGACUUGAAGGACAGAGAUAUUGGCAGGCCCAAAGAAGUGACUAUUCGGACUCAGAAAUUUAAAGCCAACCUGUGGAUGUCCGAAGAGUUCCCGCUCUCCCUUGUGGAGCAGGUCUCCCCCAUUGUGGACCUGAUGGCCAGGACCAGUGCCCACUUUGCUCGACUGAAGGACUUCAUCACCUUGGACUUCCCUCCUGGGUUUCCGGUUAAAAUCGAAAUCCCCUUGUUCCACAUCCUGAACGCUAGGAUUACCUUUGGAUGCGUAAACAGCUGCAGCACCCUGGAAGAGGCUUCAACCCAGGGCCCCGAAGGCCCCCAGGGGACCGCUGCUGCUCCGGCCUCCCCCUUUGUGGUGGACCCCUCUGUCUUCGAGAUCCCCAAAUCCUACCGGGUCCAAGACGAUGGCCGGAACUUGCAUGUGCAGGACGAAGACAAUGAAAUCAUGCAGUUUGCCAUCCAGCAGAGCCUGAUGGAGUCUGGCCACAACCAGGAGCCUUUGGGGCCACCCUUGAAUGGGGACGUCUCCUACUCCCAGGACCUCCACCUCCACUAUCAAAGGGCCCUGCAGGAGAGCCUCCUGGCAAGUGGUGGGAACAACCCACCCCUGCGAGGGUCUUCCACCUUCGACCAGGAGUUGCAGCUGGCCAUGGCGCUCUCCCUUCAGGAGCAGCAAGAACAGGAGCAGCGGAGGCAGGAGGAAGAGGAGGAGGAGCUGAAGGAGGCUCUCCAGCGCUCCCUGCUGGAAAAGUAGUGGGAUGACGCCUGCAGGAAGCAAGCGCCAGAUCUCGGCCUGGGCACUGGAUGGGGAGGCCAGGCCAGGCCCUCUUCGUCAGGGAGGGAGGGGGCUCUAUCGCUCACUCGCCAAAGCUUUGAGCCCAAAGAUCUGCCAUCUUCCUCUGCGCUCGGCAGUUGUGCCGAAGGGGACACCCCGGCUUCCUUUGCCAAAGCCUGUCUGAAGGGGGUGGCGGACUCUCUCCAGCCUCAAAUAGGGGGCGGCGGUGGGUAACAACCUGAGCCGAGGGAGGGGCUUCCUCGGAGUCAGCUCCUCUCCUACCAAAGAUUUCAGCCGCCGCCAGGUGUCUUAUGGCCCGCGUGCCUCGCCCACCGCCUGCCUACACCAGAGUGCUUUGCCUUUUCCUUCGGACUCCUCCGGCUGCUUCUUCGUGUCUCUGUAGCCUUCCCAAGCCACUCCCUCUCGUGCCCCUCCUAGCAAAUCUGGGGGGUUUGUGUUUUUAAAUAAAGUGGGGUCAACUCCU